GUCUGAUAUAGCUAAAACUAAUGCACGGAGUGGAUUUCUCACGGACAUAACGGUGCCCACCACGGAGCCUACAGGAACUUCCAUACGCCGGGCCGAUAAUUCGCGUCCAAAUUCCACAUUUAAUCAUUCUAUGCGGUCCUCGCUCCACGUGCGUUGCACGUGCCUUACCUAGUAACGAUUUACAGUCGGAGGCUAAGGCGUGCUCCUUCAAACCCUAGAUCUCAUCAUCAUCCACCCCAAAUCUCCCAACAUCCAAGAACAAUAGGAGGAAGAAAAGACCAAAAAACCAUAAUUUGCAUUUUGAUCGAUUCUGUUUCAGCUCCUACCUACUCGAUUAUAGAGUUUUGAAAGCAUUGCAAUGUCCGCAAGGCCAUGGCAAUUCCUGCAAUAAAGCCCUCGUUCUUCAGUAUUCUUCUAAUUGUUCUCUCCCUCCUCUUAGCAGCGAUCGUCUUUUCUCCAUCAACGCCAUUCUCUGGAAAAUUUCUCCCCCUAAAUUCUCCAGAGAUUUUUUCGCAUCGAGAAUUGGGUAUGUGGAGUGCCCACAGGAUCGUGGAUUGGAAACCUUGCAAAUGGUGGAACGGCAUUAAUUUGACGGCUCUACCAGCAGAGAGUAAUGGGUAUAUUCGAGUGGAUUGCUAUGGUGGGCUCAAUCAGAUGAGACGUGAUUUAUGCGAUGGCGUGGGUAUUGCACGCUUGUUAAAUGCUACUCUAGUUUUGCCAAAAUUCGAGGUGGCUGCAUACUGGAAUGAAUCAAGUGGCUUUGCAGAUGUCUUUGAUGCUGACAACUUCAUUCAACAGACAAAAGGUUUUAUAGAAGUUGUGAAAGAGUUACCAGCAGAGAUAGGCUUGAGAGAACCUGUUAGAGUAGACUGCAGCAAACGCAAAGGCCAGUUUGAUUACGUUGAGAGUGUUCUUCCCUCUCUUCUGCAACAUCGUUAUAUCUCCAUAACACCUGCAAUGAGCCAAAGAAGGGACAGGUAUCCGUUGUAUGCAAAGGCUGCUCUCUGCCAAGCAUGUUACAAUGCCUUACGCCUUACCAAAGCCUUGGAGGACAAAGGCUUGGAGCUUCUGAAUGCCAUACCCAAACCUUUCCUAUCACUUCACCUCCGUUUCGAACCGGACAUGGUGGCCUACAGCCAGUGUGAAUACUCUGGCCUCUCCCCUGCCUCAAUGGCUGCAAUUGACAUUGCUCGUGGGGAUAGAAAACCAUGGACUGGAGAUGCUGCUCGAGUGUGGCGAAACCGAGGCAAGUGCCCUCUCACUCCAAAUGAAACGGCUUUCAUUCUUCAAGCGCUUUCAAUCCCAACAAACACGACUAUUUAUUUGGCAGCUGGGGAUGGUCUCUUGGAACUUGAGGGAUUGACAUCGGUAUAUAAAAAUGUAUAUACGAAAUCUACCCUCCUCAAUGAUGAGGAUUUUAUGCGCAUGCAUGGGAACACAAAAGCAGCACUGGAUUACUACGUAUCGAUCAACAGCGAUGCAUAUAUAGCUACGUAUUUUGGGAAUAUGGACAAGAUGGUAGCUGCAAUGAGAACAUUGAAGGGGUUGUUUAGAACCCUUCUUCUGAGCAGGAAGGCUUUUGCAGACUGUAAUGCUAAGGAACUGAAAGGGAAGGAGUUGGUUGAAGCUCUAUGGAAGGCCCACCAUGAAGAUUUUGUUAUGGGCAGAGGAUCUGCUCUACCUGAUUGCUUUUGCGAGCAUAGGUUGUGAUUGCUAUUGUUUUGGCUGUGAGAUUUCAAGCAAUUACAUUGGAGAUCUUGAUUCAUGUAAGACCAAAAUCAUUGUUUUGGGAACCUGUUUGGACUACUAUGGAAAUCUUUUAGCAGUGAAUGAAUACCCCUCGCAGUUUCAUCCA